AAGAAAUACACGAAUUAUCUUUGAUAUUUUGUAAUACAAUCUAUCUUAAUCAUGGCGGUGAGUGAAAGUAAUGGAGAUGAUGAUAAGGGGGCUGCUACCCAACCUUCAAACGGUACCACCAUUCAAAUCACCACUAUUGAUGAAAAUGAUAAAUCACAGAAAUUCGACGCUGAUGAUAUACUUAUAGGAUGUAAAGUAUAUGUAUCGAAGGACAAUGAAUAUCGACUUGCAGAAAUUCUUCAAACCCAUACAAAGAAGGGUAAGAAGGUGUUUUACGUCCAUUACCAGGAAUUCAACAAACGUUUGGAUGAAUGGAUUGGUACGGAUAGAAUUGAUUACCUGCGUGCUAUGAUCCUUCCUGAAAUUAAGGCAGACAAAAAGGAGGAAAAGAAAGAUACAAAGCUGAAGAAACCGUCACUGAAGUCUAAACAGGCCACGAAGGCAUUACCAAAUAAUGAAUCUAAUGGUGGUACUCCACAACCAAGUAAUUCAGCAGUGAAAAAUGAUGAAGAAUUGGAUUUGGAUAAUUUAAAUGUACAAGGUCUUAAACGACCUGGAGAAGAAGUUAGUAGAGAGGAUGAGAUUAAAAAACUUCGUACCGGUGGAUCCAUGACUCAAAAUCAUCUGGAAGUCGCUAGAGUGAGAAAUUUAUCUGCAAUUAUACUUGGAGAACAUGUUAUAGAACCAUGGUAUUUUUCUCCAUACCCGAUAGAACUCACAGAAGAAGAUGAGAUUUACAUUUGUGAUUUUACAUUAUCAUAUUUUGGAUCGAAAAGACAAUUCCAAAGUUUCAGAUCUAAAUGUUCCAUGAAGCAUCCUCCAGGAAAUGAAAUAUAUAGAGAUAGUAUGGUCAGUUUCUGGGAAAUUGACGGUAGAAAACAGCGUACUUGGUGCAGAAACUUGUGCUUGCUCCUGAAGUUAUUCUUGGAUCAUAAAACGUUAUACUACGACGUUGAUCCGUUCUUAUUCUACAUUAUGACUAUUCAAUCUCCUCUGGGUCACCAUGUGGUUGGAUACUUCUCAAAGGAAAAGGAAAGUGCUGAUGGAUACAAUGUGGCGUGUAUUUUAACUUUACCAUGUUAUCAAAAGAGAGGUUAUGGUAAACUUUUAAUGCAGUUUUCUUAUAUGCUUUCUCAUGUGGAAAAUAAGGUGGGUUCUCCUGAAAAACCAUUAUCUGAUUUAGGAUUGUUAUCAUACCGUGCGUAUUGGACAGAUACUUUAGUUAAGCUUUUAGUUGAAAGAAAUAGUCCACAAUUAUUCAGGAAAAACAACCCUCAACCUGAUCAUACUGACAACGAUAAGGAUUCUUCUACAAGUCCAGAUCCUCCAAGUUCAAGAUCAACAGUUCAUGUUCCAUCAGUUUCCAGUGAAAUCACAAUUGAAGAGAUAUCGUCAAUAACAUGUAUGACCACCACCGAUAUUCUUCACACUUUGACAACUUUGCAAAUAUUGAGGUAUUAUAAGGGGCAACAUAUUAUUGUGAUAACAGACCUGGUGAUGGUGUUGUAUGAGAAAUUGAUCAAGAAAGUGAAGGAGAAGAAAAAGCAUGAGUUGGAUGCAAGGAAACUUAAUUGGACUCCUCCUUCCUUUACGGCAAACCAAUUACGUUUUGGUUGGUAAUAGUGUGGAGUGAUGUCACUUACACUUUGUAAUAUAAUGAGACACAUGGACAAUCUAUCUUUGUAAGUAUUGUAUUUGUUUUCUCCUUUCUUCCCAAAAUU